AUGAGGAUGAUGGGGUAUCUGACAUUGUGCCUUCUUUUCCUUUUAGGAAUUUUGAAUGGUGUGAUAGGUAAAGUAGUCUUCAGUUUAGACCUUCACUUUGAUUCGGGGGUAAAAUACGAGUAUGACUACAGCACAUCCAUCUCAGUGACUCCUAUUUCCAUGGAGCUUAAAGAAGAUACUGAUAUCACUUUGCAAGCAGUAGUUUACAUUCACUCAUUAUGGAGGAACCAUGACAACCAACAAGAGCAACUUCUGCAUGUGAAGAUUCAGGAUCUGAAACUUGCUUCCAAUUCAAACAACACCAUCACCAAACACUGGGUUGUGAGUGAACACAUAAAGGAACCAUUUCUUGUGCAUAUCCACUCUGGAAAGAUUCAAGGAGUUUUUGACGUUUCUUCAGACAACACAGUAAGUUUGAAUUUCAAAAAAGGAUUAGCAUCGCUGCUUCAGAUACAGACUUCUUCUGGGGUCAUGUUGGAGGAUGACACAACAGGACAAUGCCAGGUCUCAUACCACACUGAAGAGGAUGACAUAUUUAAAGUCAAAGACUAUCAGACCUGUCAGAACAUGACUGGUGGUCUGAUGGCCUCUAAACAGAUUUUUGGGGUGAUCUCAGACGGCAUUUCAGAAAGAGUUUACACCAUGGAUGAUGAUCAGAUAAAAUCAGUAAAAUCUAAGGAAUUUCGUUCACUGCUUUUAAAAGAACAACCUACAGUUGGACUUCACAUUUCUUCAAGACAGUUUCUACAGCUCUUAUCAACCCAUUCUGGUCAUGACGAUGAGAUACAGGGGGAGUUGCAGGAGGUAUUCACUUCUCUAAAGACGAGCUAUGUGAAUCACACCAUUCGUGCCAUACCAGAAGUCAAGGAGCCUGUUUUUGAUGGAUAUCCAGUUUCUAAACUACUUGAUCGUUUGAAAGCAAACGGAAUGCAGAUAUCUCCAACAACAACCAACGUGUUCCUCCAGCUGUCAGAAUCCCUGCAAAAUCUAAAUAAAACUGAAAUUAGAAACAUUUUAAGAUCUAAUGCCAAGUUUGUUCCGAUUUUGAUCGAUGCUCUUGCAGCUGCUUCUACACCUGCUUCUUUGGAUGCUUUUAUGUCAGCUAUUGACAUUACAAAUCCAAAGACAUCUCAACUGCUGGAAAAAUUUCUGUACGCGUGUGAAUUCUCUUCUCAACCGUCCCCUCAUUUAAUAAGCAUCAUCUCUCACAUUGUUUCUCAUACAUCAGCACAGUGGGAAAAGCAUGAAAUGGCUCUUAUUGUUCUUGGGACAGUAAUGAGGAAAAUGUGCUCUGCAGACAUGUGCCAUGUGCAGGAAGUCCAAGAUGCUAUGAAACUUAUUCUUAGUGGGCUAAAAUCAUCCAAAGAUGAAAAGAAGAUCAAGUCAUAUCUGCUAGCCAUAAAAAGUGCUCGUCUUCCUGAGACUUUGCCUGUCCUUCUCCUAUAUAUUGAUCGAUCCAAAUCACUGUUAAGAGUUAUACUCUCAGCUCUGCAGGAUCUUCCGUCUGGACAUAUUACAGAGGAGGUUAAGCAGCAUAUCAGAGCAGUUUUUACUCAAGAAAAGAAGCUUUUCCCUGCUGCACUGCGUCUGGAUGCUGCUCAGCUUCUGCUCAUGCAUAACCCUCAGCACAAAGAUGUCAGACAAAUUAUCCUGAAAAUAGCAGAGGAGAAACCAGAGGUCUCCAAGUUUCUUACCAAUAAAAUUGUAAGCAUCCUACAGUCAGGCCACCCUGCCAGGAAAGUAAUUCUUGAUGUAUUGAAAGAUUCACAGCUGAAUAAUUAUUUUCAUCUUGCACGAGUUGGGUAUUCCUCAUCAUGUGCCGGACUGAUGACAGAGAACAAAGACAUGAUUACAACAUACGACUUUAAUUUUCUUUUCUCUGAGGCUGGAAUGUUGAAGCAAAGUGACAGCCAUAUUUACGCCCACACCAGAGGAGGGAAUUUGCAUUUACUAAAGGUUUCCUUAGAAGCCAGUGGUCUUGAUUCAUUAUUUGGAAGUGGGCCGACUGAGGCAGGGGAAGAAGAGGAGCUAAUGGCUGGAAUGUCGGCUAUGUUUCUUGGUGUGGAUAUCCAGCCUAUCAUUUUCUUCCAAGGUUACUCUGACUUGAUGAGCAGGUAUUUUUCAGCAGAGGAAGGCCCAAUGAAGAUUCUCUCUGGAAAUAUUCUGGUUCUUAAACAUAAACAGAGCCUAAUUCUUCAGAAUGGAUUACAAGCUCAGGGUUUUUUUCAUGGCGGUCUUUCCGUUGACAUGUCAGCUGAUGUAGCAUUCAGUCUAUUCAGCCAAGAGUCAAAAACUUCUGUCAACAACAAGUUCUCACUGGUUGUUAGUGCCAGUGCAGAGGUCAACACUCCUCUCAUAAGCACUACUGUUAAGACUGUGGUAGAGAUGAAUUCUUCUAUGAGUGUCAUCACGACUGUUAAAUUUUCUGAAAUGCCAGUACAGUAUUGCCUGCAGCUCAUCAGAGAACCCCUGCAUUCUAGAGAGAGAAUGACCGUACAAGUGACCAAUCAGAAGAGAAGGAAAACUGUUCAGCGAAAGAAGCACAAGUGGAUUCUUCCAGGAGAAGAGACUGCACUUCACAAGGACAAUUCAAAGAUGUGUAGAAAUCUACUUAAUGAAAACUAAAAUAAAAUAAAAAAUCGUCUUUAAUGACGAUCAUGUUUUUUAACUGAAAAGGUGCAUCAGUGUUGUCACUGUUGGGCAUGAUAAGUGCAAUUACAAUAACGUUUGAAACUAAUU